AUGUCAGGGUUUGUUUUAUUACAAUUACACACCUUGCGCGCACUUUUAAACCGUUCACCAUGCAGGCUGCCGCACACGUCAAACUGGUUGGGAGUGGAUUCAGGAUCUUUCUUGCUGCCUUCACAAUCGCCAAGGUUAUUAAACUGGGAGUUGAUGCCCGCCGUUCCAAUCGUUCUAAUGCUAAAAAUUCAAAUACGCAACCAAAGGCCGAGAAUUUGGUCGAUGAGGCUGCGUUUGGCGUUGGUGUCCUAGGCCGUGCAUUCUCGAAAGCUGCUCAACUAGAAAUUGCGUUGUGUGAGAUUGCUGCUCUUUUUAACCCAUUCACUAGUAAAAAAGUUGAUAAGCAAGCAGAGUCAAAGGCGGUGAAUUUGGUGGAUAAAGCUGCGUUUCGUAUUGGUGUCUUGGGCCGUGCAUUCUCGAAAGCUGCUGGACUAGAAAUUGCGUUGUGUGAGAUUGCAGCUCUUUUCAAUCCGUUUACUAGUAAAAUCCCUGAUGAACAACCCGAAUCCAAGGUAAGUGAAACGUGUUUAUUACUACAUAUCUCAUGUUAUUUUCACAAUGUCCGUUGAUCUGUCCACAAAAUGUUAAAUGACGGCAAUGAAACACGUGAAUACCAAACUUGUAUUCCAUGUUAGUGUGUGUGUGUGCUCUCUGUUAGGACGGACUAACUAACUUUGUCAACUGUAAGAUCGUGAUUGAUGCAGUCAAUUAGAUAUUGGUUGUUUAAUUCUUGACAUAUCUGUUGACGCGUAAUGAAUAGUGUACUCUGCAUUUGUGGAUAAUAAAAGUCGUCUCUGUCAGUCUGACUUAUAACUUACGUCAGUGUGUGGGAAUAUUUCCAAGUGAUCAGUUGGAUGUAUACAUUAUCGUGACUGGAGUUACACAACGACCGUCAACAAAUGACGAACACUGUAUUACAACACUUUCAUACAUACUGAAAGGUGUACGUGUAAAGUAAUUAAAGAAUGUACUGAAAUUUCAUUCAUGUUGUCCUAUUUUCUAACACACAAUCUGUUGGUUGAGGAAAUAGGGAUUUUAAUAGAUCUUUGGUCAUAUUUUCAGUAUUGUUAGAAGUUUAGACGGUUUGUUUUCUUCCACGUUGCUUCCAAAGAUUUCCAAUGUCUUCGUAUUUUUCCUGAUGACUGCUAUGAUUUGUACCUUCGUGCUUUAGUUUCAAACUAUUGAACUUGAAUUGUGAUCUGUUUUCAAAUUCUUUGAAGGAUUUCCACUUUGUGUUCAUGGUUCUAUGGACCAGCUAGUGAUAUAAAGCUACAUCUCCUUUUUCAAUCUUACGCACAGUAGGUUGCAUUUCUGCAUUUUUGGUAUUGAGGUAACGUCUAUUCGAUUUUGAGUAUGUCUGUGUGGUGGAACUCCGAUCACCUUGCAUUCAUAGCACCUCUUAUAAUUUGAAAUCGCCAUCUGGUUGCGUUCUAUUCCAUUACUGCUUUUAGUCAUCUGUUGAAGGCCUUAGUGUCCACUGGGUCAACGUUGUUUGUAGAAGUGUAGCAUUGUAUAAUUGUAUUUCUUCCUUGCUUCCUUUUGAGUGGAAUCUUACUGUCAUUGACUCUGCAGUGAACAGUCUUUAAAGUCCACUCCCGUUCCAUUGGCUGUCACAGAUUCCUAGCACUUUCACAUGGAAUAUUCUAUCAUUUCUCUUGCAACCUGAGCAGCUUUACCAGCCUCAAAUAUGCCUGAGACAUUCCAUACCGCUAUGCUUACUUUUACUUUCACGGGAAUAAAACGCAUACGCCCACCGGCUUCACAAAGACUUUAGCCUAUCCGUGUCAUCUGUCUCCUCAAAUUCCAGCAGAGAUUAAUUUUAUUUUUGGUGUGCUUAAGAUGUUUCAUUUCCUAUACGAGGUGUGUAUGUUGCUGGUCACAUACUCAACCUCCCUUACUACUUUUCGAUAGUAGGGUAAUCUAGUAAAUUACAUAUGUAGGGGACUGUUACCAGAGUUCAUUAACAUUACAAAUAUGAGAAUAAUAAUCCUAGUCAAUGAAACGUUAAAUAACAAUAUAUUACCAAAAAUGCAAUAACGAGUUAUAUCAAUAAAAAGGAUUACUUGGAUAUAAAGUUUAAGUCCUAUGCUACAAAUUAUUUAUAUAAUUCACGGGAACAUUAACUGUUGGGUUUGUGUCUGCUGUAGAUGCUGUGUGCUGGAUGUAGAAUUGUCUUCAGUUGAGGAUAGUAGACUCCUACAAUCAAUCCAAAGUAUACAACACGGUAUGAGUGGAGCAAGUAAGCAGAAAUGGCCAAGAGGAAGGCGAAGACUCCAACAGUAUAGUCUACUUUCAAUUGUGCACGGAAGUUAUAUACAUUUUAACAAGAAUCGUUUUAAACAAAAUCAUGUACAAUAUUUCUAAUUUCUACAAAUAACCAAAAAAUGUACAAUCAUAUUGUUACGUACUUCACACACACAUGGUUAAAAAACUAUAAGUAAGACAUUAUUUCCGUGAGAAAUUUGUGCGACGUUCGACUUUCCUGGAAUUUCGCUUUUGUGUGGAAGAUUAUUUUAUUUUAAAGACGAUAACACCUUUCAGAUAAUCUUUGAAAUUUCGUAGUCAUCUGCAAUGAAUGCUCAUAUCACUCCACCUGUGUUAAUGACGUAAUUUCAUUGGUGCAUUGCAUUAUUUUAUUUCAUCUGCAUGUAGACUUGGAGAACUUUGGAAAAAGUUGCACUUGUCACUAGGUUAUAUGUUUUAGGCAGUACAAUCUUCUCCGGUGUAAAAACAGGAUUUAUUUCUCACCUGAAAUCAGCGAAAGCAUAAUUUGCUUAUUGAUAUCAUUCAAGUACUCAUUCACAAUCUAAGGUAAGUGAAACAUGUUUAUUACUGCAUGUCUCAUAUAAUUUUCACUUGUACGUUCUACAUUGUGUCCGUUGGUCUGUCCACAUGACAACGAUGAAACACGUGAAUUUCAAACUUGUAUUUCAUGUACACUAGUAAAACAGUGUACGAAAAUUUCAUGUAUGUUUGAGCAUUUUCCAGCUCUCAUUCAUUCUGUUGGUUGAGAAAGUAGGGAUUUCAGCAAAAAUUUAGUCAAGUUUCUAAGAAUAUUAAAGCUCUAUGUAGUCUUAUGUUUCCUCCGCUCCUUUGGUACUCAAUUUAUCAGACUGGGGAAGUAUAGGUUACAGAGGUCAUUCCCUACUGUAAUCCAUCAGAAAAUAUUUUGUCUUUCAGUCACGGUGAUAUAUAGGUAUUUAUGCGGAGUUUACCUAUCCUUUAGAGAAUAGUGUGGAUUCGAGUGAUAAUUGGUCCAGUCCAACAUAAAAGCGGGAUAGUUUUAUUGACAUGUGCUAAGAUGAGUCCUGAUAAUAAUUAUUGUUUUAACAUAUGAUGGUGUUUAUCAAGACAUUCGUUUUGUCCGCUUGAUAUGCACAGAUUUGUGCUAAAGUGUUAAUGGUGAAUUUUUGGAGUGAAGUCGAUCUCUGGUUCGUGUUUGUGGCAAAUACAAGAACUACCGAGGUGUUGUUGCUUCUGAGAUGUUUCAAUUUUGAAUUAUAGUGUAUUUAUUGAUUGAGAUAAUCUAUCUGUGUCACUAUUUAGGCCCAUAAACAAAAAGGACAAAAAUUUAAGUGAUCCUGAUAGUAGAUCGCUUGUUGGUGGAUAUUUCUAUCGAAUAGAUGUAAUUAAUCAUGUAAAUUCAUAUGUGAAAAUCACGACAAUCGUCUCAGAAGUCAAAGUAUAGUAAUGUGUAAUUUUUUGAACAGAGGUAGAACAAACAUUGGUGGGAAAUAAUAUAGGUCCAUUCUGUUUCGUUGGUUCUCGUCAUCUGCGUGCAACCUAUAGUAUUUAGUAAAGUCAGUUAUAACACAAAGUACCAUAUAUUUUCAUUAUCAUGAUGAAUCGGUGCUCCAGGAAGGAUUGUUAUAAGAAGGUCAUGGUGGAACCUGCAUCUGUGCGGUUAUCAGUAGUCCUCUAAUCAUGGCAUCGUUGUGUAUAGUACUUACAUUUUUCCGCAUGGAACGCAGGGCUUCAAGCUGGAGCUUUAAAGUUUCGGUAGCAGUGGCUUUAUUUUUACAGGGCGGGGUUGUUGGCCUCUCGCCCAACCCCCCUUUACCUUCUUACCGACUUUACUACUAGAUUAGCGAGGUUUAGGAGUCCGAAGGCGUGGAAUGGAACCCCGAAUCACAUGCGUGGUUGGUGCGAGCAUUCUACCAUUGAACCACCGACACACCAUAGUACCUACAGGAUGAGUUAAUUUAUUCUGUUUAAGUGGCAGUUAAAUCUUGAAGGAGAACUAAAAGUCUGUAAAUUUUGACCAGCUCUAUCAAGCGACUAUGUAUUGCGAUACCUACUUUAGUCCUAUUUGACUCAUACUUACAGGAUUUCACCGUUAAGUAGUGUGACAGCAGAACACUGCCUAUUGGAUCAAACAUACUGCUUUGGGUUUCAUAAACUGACAGUUUGAUGGGAAUAAAAGUCAAAUAUUGCUCGAAGUUGUAUAAUUGGGAUAUCUUUUCAAAAUGUUGGAUGUAUUCUUGAGCCUCCUGUAAGUGUUCAGCUUACAAAAUACUCAAGUCUUCAUUCUGACCAAUUGUUCACCGUUAGUGUUAGUGAUUUUUCUCACUGACACUAAGAGACUGGGAUUUGCAGCAGCAAUUGAUUGCAGUCAAAAGGGAUAACUUCGUGGCCUAUGAGGUAGUCUCCAAAAUAGGAAUUCGGGGACGGAGUAUUUCUGCUUUAAACGUUUAAGACUGUCACAUCACAUGCAAAGUACAGUUUUCAUCUGAAAUACCUCUUGUGCGUCGGUGGCACAGUGCUUAGGACUCUCGCCGACCAUGCACAUGGUCCGAGGUCCGAUCCCCUGCCGACGCACACCCGAUAUCUAUGGUCGGCCUACAAUAUUUGGGCUACCGAUAUCACAUGCUGAAAAUUCCAUACUUGUAACAAAAAUACGGUAUGAAAUCAAGCUGUAAUC